AUGAGGAGCUCCACCAUAGCACCAAAUGCAUUUGUAUGUUUGCUAUUCUCAUCAGAAAUAGGAUGUAGUAAAAAAAAAAAAAUUAAAAAUAUCUAUUUGGAGACAACCGCGGACACUAUAGUGGCCUACUGGCAGCAGGCCGGACUCAGCUUCAUCCGGUUCUCCCAGAUCUGUGCAAAGGCAGUGAGGGAUGCCCUGAAGAUAGAAUUCAAAGUAAACACAGAGAAGUCUUCCAGCAGCAGUAUAAAAAUUGUGAAGGUGAAAAAGGAAUAACUGACCCUGACUGAAGCUUGCAGUGCUGCAUCCUGACGGUGGACACAUGAACACCUGCCGUGGCAGAUGGCAA